AUGGAAAGAGGCGAAAGUAGCGGUACGCAACAUCAAGGCAAUGGGUCAACUGCUGACACUCGCAAUGACGAUAAUCAGACUGCUUAUGCUCACGACAUAACCCCCUCUCAACUUGAACAAGGACAGGGAUCGACCGCUGACACCAAACAUACAGGCUGUCGUCAAGUUCUGAGGUCGAUGGUCAAUGCUUCGAAGUCUUUGGGACCUCGUCAGGAGACUGAGGCUGAAAGGGAGGAACGAUGGGCGAGAUUGACGGAUGCGAGAGUGGACAGAGCUGAAGAGGCAGGCUAUGAUGCUGAUUAG